AUGGCGGCGCUGGCCAGUAGCCUGAUCCGGCAGAAGCGGGAGGUCCGCGAGCCCGGGGGUAGCCGGCCGGUGUCGGCGCAGCGGCGCGUGUGUCCCCGCGGCACCAAGUCCCUGUGUCAGAAGCAGCUGCUCAUCCUGCUGUCCAAGGUGCGACUGUGCGGGGGGCGGCCCGCGCGGCCCGACCGCGGCCCGGAGCCCCAGCUCAAAGGCAUCGUCACCAAACUGUUCUGCCGUCAGGGCUUCUACCUCCAGGCCAAUCCUGACGGGAGCAUCCAGGGUACUGCGGAGGACACCAGUUCCUUCACCCACUUCAACCUGAUCCCCGUGGGGCUCCGAGUGGUCACCAUCCAGAGUGCCAAGCUGGGUCACUACAUGGCCAUGAACGCCGAGGGACUGCUCUACAGCUCGCCACAUUUCACAGCGGAGUGUCGCUUUAAAGAGUGUGUCUUUGAGAACUACUACGUCCUGUAUGCCUCUGCCCUCUACCGCCAGCGUCGAUCUGGCCGUGCCUGGUACCUGGGCCUGGACAAGGAGGGCCGGGUCAUGAAGGGAAACAGAGUCAAGAAGACAAAGGCGGCUGCCCACUUUGUGCCCAAGCUACUGGAAGUGGCCAUGUACCGGGAGCCUUCUCUCCACAGUGUGCCCGAGACGUCCCCUUCCAGUCCACCUGCCCCCUGA